AUGAGUCUUCAUAACUUUCUCAACCCUCCUAAUGAAGACAUGGUGGAUAUUGCAGACAAUGAUGACUUAAAUGAAGUUAUUUCCUUCCAUUUAAGCCACAAUGUGGAGUCAGAAUUUGAGAUGGAACCUGAGGAUAUACCACCUGUGCAGCCACCAUCAGUGAAACAGGCUUUAGAUUGCCUCCGGACUCUGCUUUUAUACGAGGAAUUUCAGGAAGAUGCCCAACAGAGUGAUAUUCAAUGUCUUGAGCGGUUGGAGCGGCAUUUAGUCUACCAAGAGGUGGACCGGCGUAUGCAGACUACGCUAGAUGGAUGGAUUAGAUAA